UCUCUCUCAUUCUCUUCUAGGGAUUUCUUUUUAAAGAGAAUCCACAGAGUUUCCCAAAAAUCAGAUCCAGUUUACGGUGAUCGUUUCUUAGUCGACGUGGAACUUGGUUUACAGCAUAGCAACCAAUCAUUUCGCUUGUCAGAACACGUCUAUCAGAAGAAGGGAAGUGACAAGUUGUGUUUUCCUGAAGGAAUCAACUGGAACAGCCAAGCCAUGGUGUACUUCAUACUUCCUGUCAAAGACCAAGGACGAUGGGUCUAUCAUUUUAUCAAUGAACUUACUGUUGCCAGCUUAUUGACCGGUGAUACGAACUUCCACGUCGUUGUUGCUGACUUUGAAAGUCAGGAUAUUGAUAUGGCCGAAGCUUUUAACACUUCUCUGUUCCGCAGCAGACACACCAUUGUUGACAUGACGGGUGAAUUCUAUAAGACACUCGCGCUAAACGAGGCUGUCGCUCGUGUUCCAAGCGAGCAUGAUAUACUAUUUCUGUAUGAUCUUCACAUUGAUGUUCCUGUAGACAUCAUGGACAGCGUCAGAAAGGUAACGUAAAAGUGCAAAUGCAAUCACGUUAGAAGUAGUCUCUGUAAGAGUCCUAAGUGAACGAUAGUUCGAAUGCGUCACCUAGGGGUGCAAGAAAUUACAGCUCACCGGAGAAAGAGAAAACGAUGAGGGAAGGAAAGUGGCAGUUGCCUCAAUAGCGUCAUGUUUUUCUCCAACAUCUCCUGUUCAUGUCACGCUUUCUCAAGCUUGGUGCAGUGUUCGACGAUCUAGUCAGAUUGGGACUCGAACUGGGACUAUAGCCCAGACUCAAGCUGGUAUUCGAACAGGGACUCAACCCAGGACUCGAACUGGGACUCAAACUGGGACCAGAGCUUAGACUAAAGCUGGGUCUCGAGCUGUGAAUCGAACUUAGCCUUGAGCUGGGACUAGUGCUGGGACUCGAGCUGGGACUAGACCUAGAUCUCGAGCUUCUCGAGCUGGGACUCGAACCUGGACUCUAGUUGGGACUCUAACUGAGACUCGAAUUGGCACUUCAACUGGGACUCAAACUGGGACCAGUGCUUAGACUAGAGCUGGGACUUGAGCUGGGAAUCAAGCUGGGACUAGAGCUGAGUCUCGAGCUGGGUCUCAACCUGGGUCUCGAGCUGGGACUCAGACUGAGACUCAAACUGGGAAUUGAGCUGGGACUAGAGCUGAGACAAACUGGGACUCAAGCUGAAAUUCCAACUGGGACUCGAACUGAAACUCGAGCUGGGAGACUAGAGCGGAGACUAUGACUGGGAUUCGAACUGGGAUUCGACCUGGACUUCAA